AUGGCUGUGUCCAGGGGCGCCGCCAAGCUGCGCGAGUACCUCGCCGACCCGGAAAAGGUUGUCGUCUGCCCGGGCGUGCUCGAUGGCCUGACGGCCCGCGUCGCCCUGAGUGUGGGCUUUGACGCCUUGUACAUGACCGGCGCAGGCACAGCAAUCUCCCGCCUCGGCCAGCCAGACCUGGGGCUCACGACAGUCGACGAUAUGGCCACAAACGCGGGCAUGAUCGCAGGGCUGGACCGCAGCGUGCCCGUGAUUGCCGACGCCGACACGGGCUUCGGCAGUCCCCUGAUGGUCGCGCGCACCGUCGAGAAGUACAUGCUUCAGGGCGUGGCGGCAUUCCACAUCGAGGACCAGGUGACGACGAAGCGGUGCGGGCACCUGCUGGGCAAGGAGCUCGUCGACACGAGCGUGUACGUGGCGCGGAUCCGGGCCGCCGCGGCCGCCCGCGCGGCCAUGCCGGGCAGCGACAUUGUCAUCAUUGCCCGGACCGACAGCCUGCAGAGCCUCGGGUACGACGCGGCCGUCGAGCGGCUCAAGGCGGCCGUCGCGGCGGGCGCCGACGUCGCCUUCCUCGAGGGCAUGACGACAAAGGAGCAGAUGGCCCAGGUCGUCAAAGACAUGGCCCCCACGCCGUGCUUCCUCAACAUGGUCAGCGGCGGCGUCACGCCCCUCGUCGACGCCGCCGAGGCAAAGGCCCUCGGCUACAAGAUUGUCAUCUGGCCUAUGGCCUGCAUGACCAGCGUGUACCUCGGCAUGCGCGACAUCUGCCGCGAGCUCAAGGGCACCGGCAGGAUCGAGGAGAAGUACGAGGACGGAAAGCUCGUCGGCGGCGUCCGCGAGGUCUUUGAGUGCGCGGGGCUGUCAAAGUGCUCGGCCUUUGACGCCGAGAUGGGCGGCACCUCGUUCAAGAACGGCGCCUAG